AUGGCAACCAUGUUUCGCGAAUUCUCCUUCAAUCCAGUGUCGGCACCCGACUACUCAGUCUACGAAGCCGAGCGGGCAGCGAUGAACGUCUCGCCCACGUCACAGGCAAUAGACCCACAUUACUUCCCAAAUCGGCCACUCACUCCGCCAUGCACAAUGGGCGACCUCGCCGUGCAACUCAACCAGCAAAGCCUCCGCAUCGACACCAACGUCCGCUGCUAUCCUCCUGGCCCGCUUACACCAGGAAGCGACGACGACGACAAGUGCGCGCCGUCCACCAAACAAGAAGAGCAGGCGCGACCAACAUAUUCGCGCAUCGCAGCUUCCGUUCUCAGGAUGCAGCGUCAACAAAGCUCGCGCAUGCAGUGCAGCUCCUCGCACGUUCGGGAUAUCUCCAAGCUGGUUCAGAUGAUCGAGGAGGAAAAGCAGUGCACCGUCAACGAGCCAUCAUCGCGAACCUGUUCCACAUCGUCAACAUCUACAUGCACGUCGGCCUCUUCCGGAGACGACGAGGGCGUUGACAUGGAAUACGACAUUCCCGCACAAGGCAUCGAGCCGCUCGUGAGCAUGCCAGUGUGGAGAGCAGGCGACCGACGCGAAAGCUGCGUCCGCGUCACUAGACCCGUGCGCAUGCGAAAGCGGUCCAAGGCCAACGGCGUAUGCAAGAGGCGGUCGUCCUAA